GGUCGUCACGUGACCCGGCGCGUGCUGGCCUCGGCCCCACGUGCGUGUCCCCGGGCCGUGCACCGGCCGGACCUGGGCGGGGCACGGGUCGGAGUAGAGGAGGGAAGCCAAGGCCCCAGAGCCCGGGCAGGGUCCCCCCUAGCCUGGCCGAAGCAAGCCCUUCCUCUCGUGAGAUCAGCGAGCGCCCACUCGGAGGAGACCGCGAGGAGUCGGCGAGAUGCUCGGCUCAGCCCCGCGGAGCCCGGUGCCGGUUGCUUAGGCGUUGCUAUCACAGUUAACCCUGGCCCAGCCCCAGCCCGGCCCUGGCGAGCACAGGUGCAGCUAAAAGACAGCUGCCGCCUGGAGCUCUUGAGGCCAAGGGUCUUGCUAAAUUGCUUAGGGCCUCGCUAAGUUGCUGAGGCUGUCUUUGAACUCUUGAUCUUCCUGCCUCUGCCUCCUGAGCCGCUGGGAUUACAGGCGUGGCUACUGCGUCCAGCUUAGAUAGGAGCAUUCUUGAGCUGUCUGCAUAAGGAGGUGUACCCUUGCCAAGUGUGGAGCUUGAGCAGAGCCGGGGCUGGUGACAGCAUGACGAGCGAGGUGAUAGAAGAUGAGAAGCAGUUCUACUCGAAGGCCAAGACAUACUGGAAGCAGAUCCCACCCACGGUGGACGGCAUGCUUGGGGGGUAUGGCCACAUCUCCAACAUCGACCUCAGCAGCUCCCGGAAGUUCCUGCAGAGGUUCCUGAGGGAAGGCCCAAACAAGACAGGAACUUCCUGUGCCCUGGACUGUGGAGCUGGCAUUGGGAGGAUCACCAAGCGGCUGCUUCUGCCACUAUUUAAAGUGGUGGAUAUGGUCGACAUGACAGAGGACUUUCUGGCCAAAGCCAAGAGCUACCUGGGGGAAGAAGGCAAGAGGGUGAGGAACUACUUCUGCUGCGGUCUGCAGGACUUCAGGCCGGAGCCGGGCUCUUAUGAUGUGAUCUGGAUCCAGUGGGUGAUAGGCCACCUGACUGAUCAGCAUCUGGCCGAGUUCCUACGGCGCUGUAAGCAGGGCCUCCGCCCCAACGGCAUCAUCGUCAUCAAAGACAACAUGGCCCAGGAGGGCGUGAUCCUGGACGAUGUGGACAGCAGCGUAUGCCGGGACCUUGAUGUGGUCCGCAGGAUCAUCCGCAGUGCAGGCCUCAAUCUCCUGGCUGAGGAGCGACAGGAGAACCUCCCUGACGAGAUCUACCAUGUCUACAGCUUUGCCCUGAGAUGAGCUGCGGUGGCUGGAGAGGCCAGGGACCAGAGCCAAGGUGGGGGGCGCUGGCAGCUAGUGUGGCUCAGGAGUGUCAAGGGGCCGCUAAAUAUAUCUGUCUGCCGUCCACUCA